AUGGUAGCACUUACUGAGGACUUCAGUUCUCAAAUUCAGAAUAGACUACCCAAGAAGCUGAAGGAUCUGGGUAGCUUCACUGUUCAAAUUACUAUUGGACAAAGUGUCCAUGCCAGGGGUUUAUGUUAUUUUGGUGCUAGCAUUAAUCUCAUGCUGGUAUCCUUAUACAAGAAACUUGGGUUGAAAAGUCCAAAACCACCCACUGUCAUUCUACAACUGGCGAAUAGAUCUAUUGCGAGGUUAGAAAGGAAGUUCCAUUUAUUUUGGGGGCAUCCUUUCUUUGACACGGGGCGACAAUUGAUUGAUGUAGAAGCUGGAGAGUUAACCAUGAGAGCUCAUGAUAAGGUUGAAGUGUUUGAUGUUUAUCGCUCUAUGGAAUUGCCUUCUGUCUAUGAAGAGUUAUCCACCCUUACUGUUGUGGAUCUAGCCGUAGAAUCAUAG